AAGGACGGGAGAACAUCACAAUGCGGGUUGGACAGAAUUUCUGUCUGUUUUCCCUUAUUAUCACCGGUUCACUCCUCGGACUACUGAAGCCUUGGUCCACAAAGAGCUUACAAAGCCUGAACAGGAUCUCACUGUAGAAAGAUAUUGAUCAGGAGAGGGGUAAAAAAAAGAAUUUCCAAAACAUUAGAUGCACCAUGGAACACCGUGAAGGCCAUCAUCAACAAGUGGAGAAAAUGGAGCACCACAAUGACUUCACCAAGAACAGGAUGUCCCUCCAAAAUUUAUAAAAAGACAAGACAAAAACUUACCAGGGAGGCUGCCUAGAGACCUAUGGCAACAUUAAAGGAGCUGAAGGAAUGUCUGAGAAGUACUGAUUACUCUCUGCAUGUGACAACAAUCUCUCAUAUUCUUCACAUUCUCACAAAAACAUCCUUUCUCACAAAAAAACAUCCAAGCUCAACCAAAUCACCCCAAACCAUGUGGCAAAAUGUGGCUGCUUUUCUUCAGCCAGAACUGGGGCUUUUAUCAAAGUGUUGGGAAUCAUGAAUAAUUUGUUUUCUUCAUCAGGUUCAUUUACUUCAGCUACACAUCCACUUGGUUCAGUGAUGUGUUGGAGUGCAGAGUGAAUUUGGAAACAAAACAGCAUGUUAAUAUGGACUUAAUCUUUCCUGCAGGGAUUGCAUACACUCAGCCCAGUGUGAGCAGUAGUCGGCCAGAUGUUGCCACGACGACGCAAUGGUUAGCUCCAAUUGUGUGGGAGGGUACAUUUGAUUUGACGGUGAUUGACGGCAUCUACAAACAACAGAACAUCACUGUGGCGACCACCGUCUUCGCUCUGGGGAAGUAUGUGCGUUUCCUGAAGGACUUCCUAGAGUCGGCGGAGCAGCACUUCAUGGUGGGCUACCGAGUGCAUUAUUACCUGUUUACAGAUCGCCCGGACGAAGUUCCCGUGGUAACACUGGGGGAGGGGCGUCAGUUGACUGUGAUAAAAACAGCAAGCUCAAACCGCUGGCAGGAAAUCUCGCUACGCAGGAUGGAGUUGAUUGAGAAGCUCAUUGAAGAGGAACUCACCAACAAGGUAGACUACAUAUUCAGCCUCGACGUCGACUCCAAAUUCUAUGCUCACUGGGGUGCGGAGUCUCUGGGCGAUCUUGUUGGCGUGCUGCAUGCCUGGUUUUUUGCAACAUCUCGGGAACAGUUCACGUACGAGAGGCGUCCUGAAUCUCAGGCCUUCAUACCUUUAGAAGAAGGAGACUACUACUAUGGAGGGGCCGUGAUCGGAGGGCGCCUCGACAAAGUGCUCAAGCUGGCGAAGACGUGCCGCAUGCAGCUGGAAGCGGACCGAGCAAAUCAAAUCGAAGCGGCAUGGCAGGAAGAGUCUCACCUGAACAAGUACUUCCUGUACAACAAACCCACCAAGUUGCUCUCACCUGAAUACCUGUGGGAUGACAGAAAAGAGAAACCCAGCUUCAUGAAAGUGGUGCGUUUCUCACAGGUAGUCAAAAACUAUGCUGAGAUUCGACCCAACCCUUAAUGCACACUGUACCUCAGCUCAUGUUAUGUGUUUUUCACAUACCCUUACCUCCAUUUUAACUGCAAUGGGUUUCUCAGAUAAGAUAAAUAAUAUAAAAAAAUUAAAAAAUAAAGUUAACAUUCCUAAAACAGAACAUUAGUUGAAGAAAACAUCUAUGAACACUCAUGGAACCAAAAUUUCCUAAAACAAUAACAAUCAGGGAAUGUUUGCUUUUGUGUGUUUUCCUGGGUUUUAUGUUUGUAAGUGAAACUUUAUUACACAAAACAGGUUACUCAAUAAAGAAAAUUAUUAAAGGAAA